AUGACUGGCAGCAAGAAGUCUUCCAAGCGCAACAAUGCCCCAGUCUCGAGGCUGCAGGCUGGCGGGCAGUCGCAGUACACCGGCUCAACAGGCAGCGAGACCAACGGCCAGGCCAGUGCCCACAGCGGUACUGGCCCUGUCGUCUCUUACACUCAACUCGUUAGCUUCAACGGGAAUAUGGGUAUCGAUUAUGGGCAGCAGCGUGAGAAUGGAGAAAACUGGGAUGCAUGGUCCAUGGAGGUGCAGACUGGAGCGAGCGAUGCAGGGAAUGGGACUGCCUGA